AUGAACAGGCAUGCAAGUGAGAGCUUCCUGAGCUUUCUCGUGUCGUGCAUACACCGAGACCUGGCCGCCAGGAAUGUCCUGGUGACAGAGGACAAUGUGAUGAAGAUAGCAGACUUUGGCCUCGCACGGGACAUUCACCACAUCGACUACUAUAAAAAGACAACCAACGGUCGACUGCCUGUGAAGUGGAUGGCGCCCGAGGCAUUGUUUGACCGGAUCUACACCCACCAGAGUGAUGUGUGGUCUUUCGGGGUGCUCCUGUGGGAGAUCUUCACUCUGGGCGGCUCCCCAUACCCUGGUGUGCCUGUGGAGGAGCUUUUCAAGCUGCUGAAGGAGGGUCACCGCAUGGACAAGCCCAGUAACUGCACCAACGAGCUGUACAUGAUGAUGCGGGACUGCUGGCAUGCAGUGCCCUCACAGAGACCCACCUUCAAGCAGCUGGUGGAAGACCUGGACCGCAUCGUGGCCUUGACCUCCAACCAGGAGUACCUGGACCUGUCCAUGCCCCUGGACCAGUACUCCCCGAGCUUUCCCGACACCCGGAGCUCUACAUGCUCCUCAGGGGAGGAUUCCGUCUUCUCUCAUGAGCCGCUGCCCGAGGAGCCCUGCCUGCCCCGACACCCAGCCCAGCUUGCCAAUGGCGGACUCAAACGCCGCUGACUGCCACCCACACGCCCUCCCCAGACUCUACCGUCAGCUGUAACCCUCACCCACAGCCCCUGUCAGGCCCACUCACUGCCUGUCCGUCCCUGUCCCCUUUCCUGCUGGCAGGAGCCCGCUGCCUACCGGGGGCCUUCCUGUGUGGCCUGCCUUCACCCCGCUCAGCUCACCUCUUCCUCCGCCUCCUCUCCACCUGUUGGUGAGAGGUGCAAAGAGGCAGAUCCUUGCUGCCGGCCACUUCAUCCCCUCCCAGAUGUUGGACCAAGACCCCUCCCUGCCACCAGGCACUGCCUGGAGGGCGGGGAGUGGGAGCCGAUGAACAGGCAUGCAAGUGAGAGCUUCCUGAGCUUUCUCGUGUCGGUUUGGUCUGUUUCGCCUUCACCCGUAAUCCCCUUGCACUCUGGUGGCAGGUGCCUUGUCCUCAGGGCUACAGCAGUAGGGAGGUCAGUGCUUCGAGCCUCGAUCGAAGGUGACCUCUGCUCCAGAUGGGUGGUGCCAGUGGCUUACUAAUUCCAAUACUAGUUUGCUUUGCUCACCAAAUGCCUGGUACCAGAGGAUGGUGAGGUGAAGGCCAGGUUGGGGGCAGUGUUGUGGCCCUGGGGCCCAGCCCCGAACUGGGGGCUCUGUACAUAGCUAUGAAGAAAACACAAAGUGUAUAAAUCUGAGUAUAUAUUUACAUGUCUUUUUAAAAGGGUCGUUACCAGAGAUUUACCCAUCGGGUAAGAUGCUCCUGGUGGCUGGGAGGCAUCAGUUGCUAUAUAUUAAAAACAAAGAAAAAAGAAAAAAAAGGAAAAUGUUUUUAAAAAGGUCAUAUAUUUUUUGCUACUUUUGCUGUUUUAUUUUUUUAAAUUAUGUUCUAAACCUAUUUUCAGUUUAGGUCCCUCAAUAAAAAUUGCUGCUGCUUCAUUUUCUAUGGGCUGUGUGAAAAGGGUGGGAAUGUCCACUGGAAAGAAGAGACACCCACGGGCCCUGGGGCUAGGUCUGUCCCGAGGGCACUGCACGCUCCUGGCGCAGGUUCCUUGUAACCUCUUCUUCCUAGGUCCUGCACCCAGACCUCACGACGCACCUCCUGCCUCUCCGCUACUUUUGGAAAGUCAGAAAAAGAAGAUGUCUGCGUCGAGGGCAGGAACCCCAUCCAUGCACUAGACACGCUGGGCGGAGAGUCAAGGCCCAGCAGCCAACCACCAUGGAUGGUUUCCUCCAAGGAAACCGGUGGGGUUGGGCUGGGGAGGGGCCACCUACCUAGGAAUAGCCACCAGGUAGAGCUAAAGUGAUUAAGAGGUAGCCAAGGGCACAGUUGCUCACACCUGUAAUCCCAGCACUUUGGGACGCCGAGGUGGGCAGAUCACUUAAGGGCAGGAGUUCGAGACCAUCCCGGCCAACUUAGUGAAACCGCAUCUCUACUAAAAAUAUAAAAAUUAUCCAGGCAUGGUGGCACGCGCCUGUAAUCCCAGCUCCACAGGAGGCUGAGGUAGGAGAAUCCCUUGAACCUGGGAGGCGGAGGUUGCAGUGAGCCGAGAUUGUGCACUCCAGCCUGGGCGACAGAGAAAACAGAAAGGAAAGCAAAUCAUGAAGGUCUGCAGAAACUGAAACCCAGACAUGUGUCUGCCCCCAUCUGUGUGGGCGUGGUUUUGCCGGUGCUUGUAAGUGCAGGAGAACAUGUCACCUGAGGCUAGUUCUGCAUUCAGGUCCCUGGCAUGGUUUCUUGUUGGUAUUCCUCCCCAGAUCGUCCUUCCUGUAUCCUUGUGACCAGACUGUAUUUAUUGGGACUGUCGCAGAUCUUGGCUUCUUACAGUUCUUCCUGUCCAAACUCCACCCUACCCCUCAGGAAGGGGGGAAAAUUCUCCGAAUGCUUUUGUUUUUUUGGCUGCUUGGAAUUUACUUCUGCCACCUGCUGGUCAUCACUGUCCUCACCAGGCGGAUUCUGGCUCCCCGGUACCUCAUGGCUCAAACUACCACUCCUCAGUCGCUAUAUUAAAGCUUACAUUUUGCUGGAUUACUGCUAAAUACAAAAGAAAGUUCAGUAUGUUUUCAUUUCUGUAGGGAAAAUGGGAUUGCUGCUUUAAAUUUCUGAGCUAGGAUUUUUUUUGGCAGCUACAGUAUUGGUCACUAUUGUAAAAUUAUCUUUGUUUCUCUCUGUAAAUACGCACCUGCUAACAUUACAAUUUGUAUUUAUGUUUAAAGAAGGCAUUUGGUGAAGAGCUGGGAAAGGAAUUUUUAGCUCUUAAAAGCAUUUGCUUUGAGACCACACAGGAGUGUCUUUCCUUGUAAAACAGUGAUAAUAUUCUGCUUUGGCCCUACCUUGAAGCAAUGUUGUGUGAAGGGAUGAAGACUCUAAAAGGCUUCAUAAGCCUUUGGGAGAGGUGCUAGAAAAAUAUAUGGCACUAUCAUAA